AUGUUUCGAAGUAUUAAACUAAUACAACCAUUUCGUACACUUCGUACAUCCACAACUAAAUUUACUACUACAUCAUCGUCAUCAUGGCUUAUACCUAAUACUAUCAGAAGAUCAAUACUACAACAAUCACAACAACGGAUAACAUUUUCUAGAUUUUUCACACAGACAAAACAUGUUUCCCAACAAAUUGUCAAGCCAAAAGUACAACAAUCUAUAUUUGGUAGAAAAAUUAGUACUUCUGAAUCAUUUAUGAUAAAAUCAUUAUUAAAAACAAUAUGGCCUAAAGAUAAUUUUAAUUUUAAAAUUCGUGUUAUUAUAGCAUUAUCAUUAUUAAUUGCAUCUAAAUUAUUAAAUGUUCAAGUUCCAUUUUAUUUUAAAGAAAUUAUUGAUGCCAUGAAUAUAAAUUGGUCUGAGGAUGUAGGUACAGUAAGUGCAGUUAUUGGUAGUUUAAUAUUAGCUUAUGGUGGUGCAAGAUUUGGAGCAGUAUUAUUUGGAGAAUUAAGAAAUGCCAUAUUUGCAAGUGUUGCCCAACUGGCAAUUAGAAGAGUAGCAUAUAAUACAUUUGUUAAAUUAUUAAAUAUGGAUUUAAAUUUCCAUUUAUCUAGACAAACUGGUGGAUUAACUAGAGCAAUUGAUAGAGGUACUAAGGGGAUUAGUUAUGUUUUAAGUGCCAUGGUAUUUCAUAUAAUUCCAAUUACUUUUGAAAUUACUGUUGUUUGUGGUAUUUUAACUUAUAAUUAUGGUGCUACUUUUGCUGCUAUGACAUUUGCAACCAUGUUGGCCUAUUCGAUUUUCACUAUUAGAACAACUGCUUGGAGAACUAAAUUUAGACGUCAAGCAAAUAGUGCUGAUAAUAAAGCAGCAAGUGUUGCAUUAGAUUCUUUAAUUAAUUAUGAAAGUGUUAAAAUUUUCAAUAAUGAAGCUUAUCAAGCUAAUAAAUAUGAUCAAUCAUUAACUAAAUAUCAACAAGCUAGUGUUAAAGUUGCAACUUCAUUGGCAUUUUUAAAUUCUGGACAAAAUUUCAUUUUCACGUCAGCAUUAACAGCAAUGAUGUAUAUGGGAUGUCAAGGUGUUGCCAAUGGUAGUUUAACAGUUGGUGAUUUAGUUUUAAUUAAUCAAUUGGUAUUCCAAUUAAGUGUACCUUUGAAUUUCUUGGGUUCAGUUUAUCGUGAAUUAAAACAAUCUUUAAUUGAUAUGGAGAAUUUAUUCCAACUACAAAGUGAACCUAUAAGAAUUAAAGAAAUUGAAGGUGCUCCUCAAUUGGUUUUAAAUGAAACAUUACCAGGGGAAAUUAAAUUUGAAAAUGUUACAUUUGGAUAUCAUCCAGAUCGUCCAAUUUUGAAAAAUGCUACAUUUACUAUUCCAGCAGGAAAAAAAGUUGCCAUUGUUGGACCUUCAGGUAGUGGUAAAUCAACAAUUUUGAGAUUAGUGUUUAGAUUUUAUGAUAUUGAUUCUGGUAGAAUAUUAAUUGAUGGACAAGAUAUAACUAAAGUUUCAUUGGAAUCAUUAAGAAAGAAAAUCGGGGUUGUUCCACAAGAAACUCCAUUAUUUAAUGAUACUAUAUUGGAAAAUAUAAGAUAUGGUAGAUUAGAUGCCAGUGAUGAAGAAAUUAAUAAAGUUAUAAAUUCAGUUCAAUUAGAUAAACUUAUUAAAGAUUUACCAGAUGGUGUACAAACCAUUGUUGGAGAAAGAGGUAUGAUGAUUUCUGGUGGUGAAAAACAAAGAUUAGCUAUGGCAAGAUUAUUAUUAAAGAAAGCACCAAUUACAUUUUUUGAUGAAGCCACAUCUGCAUUAGAUACUCAUACAGAACAAGCAUUAUUGAAAACAAUUCGAGGAAUAUUUAGACGUGAUCAUAGUACAAAUGUUAGUAUUGCUCAUAGAUUACGAACCAUUGCUGAUGCCGAUAAGAUUAUUGUCUUGAAUAAAGGUGUAGUUCAAGAAGAAGGGACACAUGGUGAAUUAUUGAGUCAAUCCGAAAGUUUGUAUGCUCAAUUAUGGAAUAUUCAAGAGAAUAUGGAUGUUGAGAAAGAAUUAAGAUUAGAAGAAGAACAAAGAGUUAAAGCAGAACAGGAGAAGGAAAACCAAAUAUUUAAACAAGAAAACAAAUAG